ACAGCGUCAGUCACAUCCCUCCAGCCCUGGGCUCCUGAGGGUCCCCAGGGCUCCUGCUGGGACCUUCCCUCAGCCAGCUCCACUUGGUUUCCCCAGGGGACUCCCCUCCCUGCUCUCUGCCUGGCCUGGAACACCACAAACACCUGGGUACAGACAGCACAAGUGAGCCCCUCGCCUCCCUAAUGUGACUCUACCCCACUGUGCCCAGGUACGCCGAAGCCAGCACCAGCCCACCGUCCCAGCCACCUGCGUCUGAUGGGGUGCUGACCCCCUCACCACGUAGGCUCAGGAGCCAUGUGGCCCAACAGCACCUCGCUGGGGGCCUGCUUCCGCCCGGUGAACAUCACGCUGCAGGAACGCCGUGCCAUCGCGUCACCCUGGUUCGCUGCGUCCUUCUGCACGCUGGGCCUGGGGUCCAACCUGCUGGCGCUCAGUGCGCUGGCCAGGGCGCGGCCCGGAGCGGGACCCCGCUCCUCCUUCCUCGCUCUGCUGUGCGGCCUCGUCCUCACCGACUUCCUGGGGCUGCUAGUCACCGGCGCCGUCGUGGCGUCGCAGCACGCUGCCUUGUUGGACUGGCGAGCCACGGACCCCGGCUGCCACUUGUGCCACUUUAUGGGUGCGGCCAUGGUGUUCUUCGGGCUGUGUCCCCUGCUCCUGGGGGCCACCAUGGCCGCCGAGCGCUUCGCGGGCAUCACACGGCCCUUCUCACGACACACGGCCACGACACGCCGCGCAUGGGCCACCGUGGGGCUGGUGUGGGUGGCGGCCGCGGCCCUCGGGCUGCUGCCACUGCUGGGGUUCAGCCGCUACAGUGUGCAGUACCCCGGCUCCUGGUGCUUCCUGACGCUCGGGACGCAGCGCGGCGACGUGGCCUUCGGGCUCAUGUUCGCACUCCUGGGCAGCGCGUCCGUGGGGCUGUCCCUCCUGCUCAACACCGUGAGUGUGGCCACGCUCUGCCGCGUCUACCACGCACGCGAGGCCACGCAGCGCCCGCGGGACUGCGAGGUGGAGAUGAUGGUUCAGCUCGUGGGCAUCAUGGUGGUGGCCACGGUAUGCUGGAUGCCUCUGCUGAUCUUCAUCGUGCAGACCUUGUUGCAGACACCGCCUGUCAUGAGCCCCUCUGGGCAACUGUCUCGGGCCACAGAGAGGCAGCUGCUCAUCUACCUGCGCGUGGCCACCUGGAACCAGAUCUUGGACCCCUGGGUCUACAUCCUCUUCCGCCGGUCCGUGCUUCGGCGCCUGCAUCCACGAUUCAGUUCACAGCCCCAGGCUGUGUCCUCACACCAGCCCCCAGCCCAGCCCAUGCUCAGUGGACCCUGAAGGACAGUGUCACUCAAACCCGGGUGCUUGGUGACUGCCAUCAACCUGCGCCCUGUCCCAGGAGCCUGAGUGCUUGGUGGGGUAAGGAUGGAGCUAAGACAGGGGGCUGACUCCUGUGAACUGCAAAGAUACCUCCUCGAGGCUGGGGAGGUCCUCUCUGGCCCCCUCCCCAGACUACUCCCUGUCAGCUAAAGGCUGGGGCACAUGUGAGAGGCCCCUUGCAGGAAUCUUGGGUUACACCUGGGGUGCGAGUCUGAGACGUUCACCCAGGCUCAAGGAUCACUGACCUUGGGUGUCAGAAGCAACCAUUGUGGUCCCUGUAGCCAGGUCUGGGCUCACCAACCUCUCCAGUGUUUACCGAGCCUGUUUCCCCCAUGGUUGUCUAACACACUGCUCAAUAAAUGGCUGAAUGUCU